GUUUAAUGCAAUUCAGCAUCGGGGAGCCGGGAGGUGGACCCCAGGGGUCAGGAGACUCGAGGCAGCGAAGAAAACAAAAGAGGGUGACAGUGGAAAAGAAAGAAAGGAGAAAUUUUUUCCAGGAAAUUAAUCCGAAGAGGAGGAGGAGGAGGAGGAGGGGAGAAAGAAAGGAAACUAGGGGUAUUUUCUUUUCUUAUUCUCUUGAUUACCCUCCCCCCACCCCACUUCCCGGAUGUAUCAGAAGCUUUAUGUAUUUGUUGCUGCAAGUGAAUGUAGAAAUGGACAACAGUGGCCAGAGGGAGAAUGGGAGGCACAAGACAGAUCAAUACAAACAAGUUCACACACAGUGGAUGAUGCCUCAAUAUCAACUGAAAGAAAACCAAACCAUAAAGUUCAUGGCCAUCAUGUCUGAGCGUGACAAUGCUAUCCAAGAACACAACAUAGCCCUUGCUGAGAAGAAAGCUGCUUUGGCUGAACGAGAUGUGGCAAUCCUCCAACGUGAUACUGCAAUUGCCGAGCGGAACAAUGCCAUCAUGGAACGAGACAAUGCUAUUGCAGCUCUUCAAUAUGCUCGUGAAAAUGGAAUGAAUACUAAUGGUGCAACUGCAUGCCCUCCUGGGUGCGCCGCUCCUCGUGGGUCGAAACACAUUCACCAUCAUCAGCAGCAACACCUUCAGCAUAUUCACCCGUCACCACCACAACUAUCAGAUGCCCCCUACAACCACUACAACCACGCAAGAGAGAUGCAUAUAACUGAGGCAUUUCCCAUCUCAACAGCUUCAGAGAGUGCUGCAAAAGGCAGAAUGGUGAAACGGCCAAGAAAGGAGACCAAAGUCCAAAACUCUCCAUACAAGAAGUCUUCAAAGACCCCGAGGAAGAGUAGAAAAGGUGGAGGUGAAGAUUUGAACAGGCAGGUCACUAUCGCAAAGCCAGCCAGUGACUGGAGGGGCGAGGUCGGAGGCGGGGACGAUUUAAACGAGCGGGUUUCUCUGACAAAGCAUCAAGAGUGGAAAGGUCAGGAUCUGGGUCUGAACCAGGUCACUUUUGAGGAAGCAACAAUGCCUGCACCUGUCUGCUCAUGCACAGGAAAAUACCAGCAGUGUUACAAGUGGGAGAAUGGAGGGUGGCAGUCUGCUUGCUGCACCACAACACUGUCCAUGUACCCACUGCCGGUGAUGCCCAACAAGCGGCACACUCGCAUGGGAGGGCGCAAGAUGAGUGGUGGUGCAUUCAGAAAGCUUCUCAGCCGGCUGGCAGCAGAGGGCCAUGAUUUGUCGCAGUCAGUGGACCUUAAGGACCACUGGGCUAAGCAUGGUACAAACCGCUACAUCACCAUCAAGUGAGGCAAAAUACAGUCAUGAGUCUUAGAAUUUAGAAUUUAGACUUUAGUAGGGAAGGACCGAUUUUUUUUUAUUUAUGAUUGACCCUUUUCUUCCCUGCUGGAUCUUUUUUGUUCACCUGGAGGAAUACGAUGUCUUCAGGGAAGCAUAGGAUUAGCAUCUAGCGAACAAGGGGGGUGAUGUUCUGAUGUUAGGUGCUUGGUCACUCGUCAUUAUCUGGGAUGGAAAUGCUUGGGAAUGGAGUUUGAUUCCUGAAUACUUACUUUGAGUUAUGUAUAUAUAUAUUUAAUUUCAUUAGAGACAAUGAGCUGGUAUUUGCUUCA